AUGGCCUCCCCUGCCCGCUCCAUACCCGACACCCAACUCGGACUCUCCGCCGGCGAGGUCCAGCUCCUGCGCCAGCACCAGCAGAUCGCGCUCUCUCAGCAUGGAAACUCGGCAUCCUCAAGGGCCGCCAGCCAUGCUUCAAGCCAGGGGCGCGUGCUGCUGGAUCCGAGCAGCCUACAGGCUCUCAGCGUCCACUUCGACCGGUUGAUGUAUUCGAUACAGCAGCGAUGGCAAGCACUAACCGCGCAAACCCAAAUGGCGACCCAGAUCCAAUACGACCGCGCCGGCAACGCAAUGCAGAUGGCCGACGCGGAAAUCGCGCGCUUUCGCGAGCUGCUCCGGCAGAUAGAUGAGCUCGAAGUCGAGUUCGACAAGAUACGGCGCAUUGGAGAGAUUGUUAAGAACUUUCGAGCGCGUGUGGAAGCGCUUGACCGGAGGGUGCGAUGA